AUGCUUCUCCGAAGUUGUUGGCGGUCAUUGAGGAAAAUUGUUCGUUAUCCGAUCUGUGCACUUCUGUGCGUAUGUGUUUUGUUACUGGCAUUUCGUGCAGUCAUUCAACGAAAGCCGUUGUUUUAUUCGACUUAUGACGACUCGUUGUGGGACGAUGACUAUAUUGCAAAGUACGAUGCUGAUGACCCCCGUCUGCUUAGCCACAUAUACAAGUAUUAUUUGGAACCCCCGGCAGAGCGACGUAUAGCAUAUUGUUUGGACGAUGUGACGAAACUCGACUAUUCGCAAUACAACCAAAGUACGAUUGUGGCGACCCUGCUGAAGCAUAAACGAAACGGGUUCUUCGUCGAAGCCGGUGCCUACGACGGAGAGGAGUUAUCCAACAGUUUGUAUUUCGAAAAGAGUUUAAAUUGGACCGGGCUGUUGGUGGAACCAAGUAAAAUGAACUACGCCAAGUUGAGAUGCAAGAAACGCAAGGCGUGGACGUUGAGGGGUUGCCUCAGCGGCGACCCUAAACCCCGUAAGAUGAAGAUGAUCGGGGCGGGUGACUUGGGUGCUCUGGACGACUACACUGAAUGGUGGCGCAUGCUGCCUUUACAGUACGAACGGCGCAUCGAGGUCGGCACCGUCUGGUGCUUCCCUUUGAUCUCUGUCCUCAUGGCGAUCAACCAAACGAAGAUCGAUUACAUGGUUCUGGACAUCGAGAGGGCUGAAAUACCUGUGCUACGAUCGACACCGAUGGACAAGAUCGACGUGAAAGUUUUGCAGAUCGAGUUUUCGUCGUAUUACGACUAUGCGUUCGGUCAGAAGUACGUACAGAAGAGGAAGGCGGAACUGCAAAACUUUAUGGCCACUCAUCUACCGCUGUACAAAGAGUACGAAACGGCCGUCAUCGACCUGAUUUACGUCAAGUGA